UACGCUCACUAAUUAGAGCUCGCGUGUUUUCAUCGCUUGUUAUCGUCUUGUGCUUCCCAAGCGAACUGAAGUCAAUUUUCACUGCUUCUCAACAGAUAUGGAUCGAAGAAAGAUUUUGUUGAUCUUAUUGUUGGAGUUGUGGCAUUUAGAGACAAUGUGUGCUUGCACUAUUCUUGUGUUGAUGAUGCUUAAAUCAAGAAGGAGACAUAUUGAAAGGUGCUCUUUGAAUAAUCAUUCAUUGGUUAGACGUGAGACUCGUUUGCGUUAUCUUGAUAGUCUAAUAGGAAGUAGUGAUAUAAAAUGUGUCAACGAACUUAGAAUGGAUAGAAGGACUUUUGGUCUAUUAUGCGAUUUACUUCGCCAAGAUGGAAGGGUAAAAAAUGAUGGUUUGGUGUCUUUGGAGGAGCAAGUAUGUGUGUUCUUACAUGUACUUGCACAGCAUGUUAAGAACCGUACUAUUGGUAGUAGAUUUUUUCGGUCAGGAGAGACCAUUAGUAGGUAUUUUAAUUCCGUCUUGCAAGGAGUUUUGCGAUUACAAGACAUCCUACUAAAAGUCCCGGAUCCCGUGCUUGAUAAUUGUGAGGAUUCUAGGUGGAGAAGGUUUAAGAAUUGCUUGGGAGCAUUAGAUGGGACUUAUAUUAAAGUGCGUGUAGCCGAAAUUGACAAGCCAAGAUACCGAACAAGAAAAGGUGAAAUUGCAACAAAUGUGUUGGGUGUGUGUUCAAGAGAUAUGCAAUUCAUAUUUGUGUUACCAGGUUGGGAGGGCUCCGCAUCGGACUCUAGGGUGCUGCGUGAUGCCAUAACUAGACCCAAUGGGUUAAAGGUUCCCAAUGGAUAUUAUUACCUUGUAGAUGGUGGUUACACAAAUGGUGAAGGAUUCCUUGCACCCUAUAGAGGAACAAGGUAUCACCUAUCCGAAUGGAGAGAUGGACAUACACCUUCCAACCAUGAGGAAUAUUUUAACAUGAAGCAUGCAUCGGCGAGGAACGUUAUAGAGCGUUGUUUUGGCUUGAUAAAAGUUAGGUGGGGCAUACUUAGGAGUCCAUCUUUCUAUCCAAUAAAGACCCAAUGUCGAAUAAUCACCGCUUGUUGCCUUCUACAUAAUCUCAUUAGGAGGGAGAUGUCCAUAGAUCCAAUAGAGCAUGAAAUAAAUGAACUUGAAGAUGGAGAAAACAUGGUAGAAGAUGAUAUGCUUGGCACCAUCGGACCGUCUGACCAAUGGACUGCAAAGAGGAAUGAUAUGGCCUUGCAAAUGUAUAAUGAGUGGAGAAUAAAUAGGCACCACUAGUUAAAAAAACCAUUGUCAUUUGUGUUAGAGUCUUGCAGAAUACUUGUGUUAGAGUCUUGCAGACUACAUUUGUUGGUUUAUGAGCUAUUGCUAUAUGUAUUUUCUGUUAAUUAUAAAUUGAACAUUUUAUCAUUGUAUUUGUUUAAGUCGAAUUGAUUUUCUAUUUGUCUUUCUUUAGAAAAACUGAAUAAUAAUGUGUUAUGUAAUAUGCAAUAUGAAAGCUGAAUCUUGUGUUCAUGAUGA